AUGAGUAAUCCCUCCAAACUUCCCAUCGAAGAGACUUCUUCCGCACAGGUUCAUUUUGAACUUUUACCACAAAGUGCUUCAUUAUCACAAAGUCUUUCACUUCCGGAUACAAUUAAACUUUUAACUGAAGAAGGAACCAAGGCUUUUAAGUUAAGGGAAUACGAAACGGCAGUGCUUAAAUACGAAGAAGCUUCUCAACUUGCGGAAUUACAUUAUGGUCGUUCAAAAGAAUUCGCCGAUGUCCUUUUCAAUUAUGGACGAGCGUUGAUUGAAAAUUCAAUAUAUCAAUCCUCUGUUCUUGGUGAUAACACGUUAGAAAAACGGAUUGCAUUAGAAAUUCAAGAAGGUUAA